AAUUAGCCUGGCCUCAAAAGACUGUGGCUUGUCUGAAAAAUCAUAGGCAAGAAGAAAAAGCUAAUUUCAAAUUAAAAACAAGGAUGGUUAUCAGUGCUUUGAUGCUUCAGGUUCUUCCACUGGUUAUUCUCCUAGGGACCACAUGUUUGGGCGCUUCUCAUUUGUCCUUCUGGGCCAGCAUGAUGGAAGAUGAGGCUGAUGACUAUGAGAACUACUACUACUCCACAGAACCGAAGCGGGACACCAACCGCCAGCAGGAGUUCUCGGAGGAAUUUUUCUGGAUCAGGACAAUUUUAGAUGACAUCUUUCCCAUGGAAGACUCAUGCUCGUCCAGCCCCUGCAAGAAUGGUGGUACAUGUGAAGCCAGAGGAAGUGGCUUCAGCUGUCGCUGCCCCACACCAUACGGUGGGACUACAUGUGAAAAAGUGGAGGACACGUGUCUGGAGAAGAACUGCCACUUUGGCGACUGCCUGAUUAUAUUAACCCCACCUUAUUUUAAGUGCAGCUGCAAGCCUCCCUACAAGAGACCCUCCUGCCAGCGUGCUUCCAAACAGUGCAGCCCAAACCCUUGCAGAAAUGGAGGCACCUGCAAACGGAACAGAUACAGAUCAAAAUUCACCUGCGAGUGCCCUGAACCUUUCAGAGGGAGAUUCUGUGAGAUCGGACCAAAUGAUUGUUAUGAAGAGGACUCCUCUACAUAUAGAGGUAGAGUGAACCAAGCAGAAAACGGCAGGACCUGCCUGCACUGGAAUUCUCACCAUCUCUUGGAUCAUCCUUUUAAUGCCUUUAUGGAGGAUGCUGACUCCUAUGGCAUUGGUGAACACAACUUCUGCAGGAAUCCUGAUGGGGAUGAAAAACCCUGGUGCUACAUCAGGAAAAAUAAUGAAGUGGAUUGGGAAUACUGUGAUGUUUCACCCUGCUCAGCUGAAGAGACCCCAACAGAACCCCCUACAGACCCCCCUGAAAUAUUCAAAACAUGUGGACAACCAGAAGUUCAUAGGACACUCAAGAAGAUCUAUGGUGGUUCCAAGGCUACACCUGGAAAACAUCCCUGGAUGGCGUCUCUGCAGACACGGACUCUAGAUGGGAAUAAACAUUUCUGUGGUGGAGUGCUAAUUAAAUCAUGCUGGGUUCUUACUGCUGCACACUGCCUUCAAGAACCAAAACCAAACAUCCAAGUAGUCCUUGGCAAGCAGAACCUCAAGAAGAAGGAGGAUCAUGAGCAAAUAUUUGAUGCAGUGCAUAUAGUUUUACAUGGCAAAUACAGAGAGGAGCCGGGUCAUGCCCUAUACAAUGAUAUUGCACUACUUAAACUGCAGCCUGUUGAUGGUUACUGUGCAGUGGAAACAAAGCAUGUGAAAAUAGCAUGUGUCCCUGACUUCUUCCUUCCUGCUGGGACCUCCUGCUUCAUUUCUGGAUGGGGGAGUACAGAGACAGGUGAUUUAUCCCAUCAGCUGUUAGAUGCCAAUGUCAAGCUGAUUUCACAGAGGAAAUGCAAUGAACCCAAACUACAUGAUGACAAACUGGACGAUAGCAUGUUUUGUGCAGGAAAUCUUCGGAAACCUGGAAUCGAUUCUUGUGAGGGAGACUCUGGAGGCCCACUGACUUGUGUACAAAAUGGCUCCUACUAUGUAUAUGGCCUCGUGAGCUGGGGUGAAGGAUGUGGGUUAAAAAACAAGCCAGGAGUUUAUACCCAGGUGACAAAAUUUGCCAGCUGGAUUAAUGCUGCAAUUCAGUCUGCAUCAAGGUCAUGAGGAGUGACUUGGAAUGACAAAUGGUUUGGAAAAAACUGAAGAACUGAUGACCUGAAUACAUCCUGAUAGUCUAGAACAGAUUCCCUGAUGUCUGCUAGAAGACCUGCCUUUGGCAAGUCAGUGAUAACUUUUGUCCCACUGGCCUUUGACUUGUUCAUCUCUUAAACCACCUGAAUCUUGCUUUUGUAUUCUCUUAGGUAAAUGGUGCCAAUAUUCCAGGAACACAAAAAUAUCCAAAAAUUACAUACAUGGAAUAAGAGUCACCUGAUUUAUUCAUUACAAAUUAUUUCAUAUUCUACCAUCAGUGGUACAAAGCUGAGCCUGCCAGUCAUCUAGUACUAAUUUCAUUUACAGCUUUAAAUAAAUAGCGGAAUCUGUAAUACAUUCAGUGAUAAAUCACAAAGUAUCCACACAAAAAUAAAAUUAUCAGUUAUAAAUUGCAAUGUUUUGAUUGCCUCUUAAAACAAAAAUUCUUAAAUGCCAUCUAUUGUGUUUCCCAGAAAACUGGAAAAGCUACAGGAUGUGCAGGACAAGAUGAAGAACUAUUUAUGUUAUGUCAUGAUUCUGUUUACUUCUGAUAAAGCUGCAUUUGCCUUCUCUUGACUUGCAGAAUUUCUGAAGCAUCAGGAUUGACUCCAGCUUGCUGAGAUCCUUCUGUCUCCAACUGGUCCUGUAAAAUCACAACCCAAAAAACUGUGAAACCUGCCAGUAGAUAGGGGAGGGUUUUAACUAUUAUUCUGUAACAAUAUUUCAUAUUCAAAAUUACACAACUGGCAAAAAAAUUAGGAAAAUCUAAAUCACUGUUCUGCAUGGAGUGAAUUUCUGCUGUGGAGAAGUGCAAAAUAUGGACCUAUUCAUGUAAGUGAUAUACCUCACAUACCAAAGGACUAAAUGUGCUCAAGUCCUAGUUUCUAUUUUGAAAUAAAAAGCAAAUCAGCAAAGGCCUAUGUUCCACACAGAUUGCACACCUGUGGGUUUCCCUGGGGCCAUCAGGUCAUUAUCAUACCUUUGACUUAAGAAGAUGCUGUAAUUCCCACUGCCUCCAUUACUCAGCCAUAGUUUUCACUUAUUUCCUGAGCAACUUUUCAGAUGGGAUUGUAAAUCAUGGAUAUAUACUGUUUUUCUUGGUCUGGAUUAUUGUUUGACUUCUUACCAAAUUAACAAUUAACAAUUAAAUGAUCAAAG